UCAUCAAAACUAACGUUGUAACUUCAGAGAAAUGAUUACAGUGAUCAGUAGGUUAUUCUCACGGAGUUAUUCAGUGGCUUAGCAAAUGCUAACGAGUUAGCCUAAUGUGGCGCAGGCGGCGAGGGCCGCUUUUGUUCUUCAACCAACGUGCGGUCGUGCGCGCGACCGUAAAUUGGAUAAAAUUCUCCAUUAUCAUUAACUAUUCAUGUAACUGCUUUACUCCGUAUAACCAAUAAUUGUAAUUUAUCACACUUAACGUUGCAGGACGAGGCCCUUAAAAGGAAUGUAGAAAAGUACUCCUAUUAACGAAGUUACGUCACUUCUGUGAAGCAAAAUAACGACAAUUGUGAUUGUAUAGGUGCUAAUGUUAUUUGAUAGCAUUGUGCUUAAAGACCCAGAAGUCGAUUGUUUUAUUUCAGCACAAUUGAAUAGUUGUAGUCAAAUACUCUCAAGAUGGCGCGAACCACGUCCGUGCAAAAUUUGAACUGAAUGAAAGACUGCGUCUGCCCUUGUGCCGACUCUAUAAAAAUUUCGUGACGAAAUAUGGCGGAUGAAGGCUAUGUUAUACGAAUCAGGGGUCUUCCUUGGUCCUGUUCUGUCGAUGAAGUACAGAGAUUUUUCUCAGAUUGUAAAAUUCUUGGCAAUGGCGGUGGCGUCCACUUCACCUCCACAAGAGAGGGUCGUCCCAGCGGUGAGGCGUUUGUCGAACUGGAAGGAGAAGAUGACCUCAAGCAAGCCUUGAAGAAGGACAGAGAAACAAUGGGCCACAGAUAUGUGGAGGUGUUUAAAUCAAACAAUGUGGAGAUGGAUUGGGUCCUGAAGCACACUGGUCCAAAUUGUCCAGAGACGGCAGGAGAUGGGCUUGUGCGAUUACGAGGCCUCCCUUUUGGUUGCAGCAAAGAGGAGAUCGUCCAGUUUUUCUCAGGGUUGGAAAUCGUGCCAAAUGGGAUAACAUUGCCGGUGGACAUCCAGGGGAGGAGUACGGGGGAGGCCUUCGUGCAGUUUGCUUCACAGGAUAUAGCUGAAAAGGCUCUAAAGAAACACAAGGAAAGAAUAGGGCACAGGUAUAUUGAGAUCUUCAAGAGUAGCCGUGCUGAGGUGAGAACCCAUUACGAGCCCCAGCGAAAGCCCAUGAGCAUGCAGAGGCCGGGCCCGUAUGACCGCCCCUCUGGCGGGCGGGGCUACAGCUUAAUGAGCCGGGCGGGGUCCUACGAUCGAAUGCGCCGCGGAGGCUAUGGCGGAGGGGUGUCGGGUGGACGAAGAAGUGAACUCAGAUUUGGCGUUUCGGAUGGCCGGUACAACGACAGCGGCUCGUCCUUCCAGAGCACAACGGGCCAUUGCGUCCAUAUGAGGGGUCUACCAUACAGAGCCACUGAAUCAGACAUCUACAUUUUCUUCUCCCCAUUAAAUCCAGUGCGCGUUCACAUCGAGGUCGGCCCCGACGGCAGGGUGACCGGGGAGGCCGAUGUCGAGUUUGCAACGCAUGAGGAUGCGGUGGCCGCCAUGUCCAAAGACAAAGCCAACAUGCAGCACCGCUACGUGGAGUUGUUCUUAAACUCAACAGCAGGUGGUAGUAAUGGCUCCUACAGCAGCCAGAUGAUGGGGGGGAGCCAGUCAUCUUACAGUGGCGGUCAGUUGAGCUCAGGCUAUUCUGGGGGAUACAGCAGCCAAGGAAACAUGGGUGGCUACAGUGAUUAUAGUAACCAGGGUGGAAUGGGAAGCAGUUACUAUGGUGGCGGUGGAGGCAGUAGCAGAAGCUCCAUGAAUGGACUUGGUGGAGGAUGGGGAAUGUAACCCCCCCCCCUUUUUUUUUUUUAAACUGUUGUAUCAUUUUGUUAGAAUUGUUUUAACUCAGCAUUUUGCUGCAAUGACAGGAAAUGUCUCACCUGUUAACAUUAUAAUGGUCAAGGUGGGGUUUUGAACAUAUUGAGGGGUGGGCUUUGUAAUUUUUCAGUGUAUGGUCAUAUGAUGAAAUAGAAAUUUGCUAUCACA